UACAAUUUGCGACGGAAAUAAUUAAAUAAACACCGAUAUCUGACAUAAAAAAUCGAUGCAUCGAUAUAAUGAUAAGGAAAACAUCAAACCAAUUAAUCGAUUAUUAAAAAGAAAACUAUCGUUCAUUUCGAUUAAUCGUAAAAUAUCGCUCAUCCCUAAGAAUGGCGUAUGGACUAACUUAAAUCGGUCCUUUGAGCCAUAUAUGCACCAAACCAGACCUCAGUCUUCUCUCUGCUUGUUAAUUGUAUAAAACGUGUACAAGGAUAUUUAGUUUUUGUAAAAAAAAGUUAUUGUUCAGCACAGGGUAGAAAAAUGCUAACAGCAGCAGCAAACACAUUGUCUAAUAACGGUGGUUCUUACAGCAAUGAAAGACCAUCUCUUGCAGGUGACAUGGAUCUUGCAACUGAUCCAGCCUCUGGUGGAUUUUUCCACUCUGAUUAUAAAAAACAUGAAGAUCUGAAGGAAAUGUUAGAUAGUAAUAAAGAUGGACUUAAGCUGGAAGCUAUGAAACGUAUAAUUGGGAUGGUAGCUAAAGGCAGAGAUGCAUCAGAAUUGUUUCCAGCUGUUGUAAAGAAUGUAGUAUCUAAGAACAUAGAAGUAAAAAAGUUGGUGUAUGUUUAUCUAGUUCGGUAUGCAGAAGAUCAACAAGAUCUUGCUUUAUUAUCUAUAUCAACAUUUCAAAGAGCUUUGAAGGAUCCUAAUCAGCUAAUAAGAGCAAGUGCUUUACGAGUACUAUCUAGUAUACGAGUCUCUAUGAUAGUACCUAUUGUAAUGCUUGCAAUUAAAGAUUCAGCUAGUGACAUGUCACCUUAUGUAAGAAAAACUGCUGCCCAUGCCAUUCCUAAAUUGUACUCGUUGGAUCCUGAGCAAAAGGAAGAGUUAAUAAGUGUACUUGAAAAAUUGUUAUCUGACAAAACUACACUUGUUGUUGGUUCAGCAGUAAUGGCCUUUGAAGAAGUAUGUCCAGAAAGAAUAGAUCUUAUUCACAAAAAUUAUCGAAAAUUGUGUAAUUUAUUGGUAGAUGUUGAUGAAUGGGGCCAAGUGGUUAUUGUUAAUAUGCUUACUAGAUAUGCCAGAACACAAUUUGUUAAUCCAAAUAUUGAUAAUUUAGAUGAUGAUGUAAGUCGGCCAUUUUAUGAUUCGGAUUCUGAUUCUUCUAAUACAAAGAAACUAAAGUUCACAUUAGAUCCUGAUCAUCGCUUAUUGUUAAGGAAUACAAAACCUUUGUUACAAAGUCGAAAUGCAUCUGUAGUAAUGGCGGUUGCUCAGUUGUAUCAUCAUGCAGCACCUAGAAGUGAAGUUAUGACUGCUGCAAAAGCACUGAUAAGAUUGUUGAGAGGUCAUCGAGAAGUACAGAGUAUUGUGCUUCAUUGUAUUGCAAGCAUAUCAAUCACAAGAAAGGGAAUGUUUGAGCCUUUUUUGAAAUCGUUCUUUGUGCGAACUUCUGAUCCCACUCAUAUAAAACUUCUGAAACUUGAUAUUUUAACAAACUUGGCAACUGAAACAAGUAUCAGCGUUAUAUUGAGAGAAUUUCAGACUUAUAUCUCCAGCAAUGAUAAGGAAUUUGUUGGUGCUAGUAUCCAAGCAAUCGGUAGAUGUGCAAGUAAUAUUAAAGAAGUCACUGAUAUGUGUCUAAAUGGAUUAGUGUCUUUGUUAAGCAAUAGAGAUGAGGCUAUUGUGGCUGAAAGUGUUGUGGUAAUAAAGAAACUUCUACAAACACAGCCAAAUGAACACAAAGAUAUAAUUGCUCAUAUGGCUAAGUUGAUGGAUUUUAUAACAAUACCACAAGCCAGAGCUUCUAUCUUGUGGCUUUUAGGCGAAUAUUCCGAUAGAGUUCCUAAAAUAGCACCAGACGUACUUCGAAAAAUGGCCAAGAAUUUCGUUAACGAACAGGAUAUAGUAAAGUUACAAACCUUGAAUCUGGCAGUGAAACUGUGUCUGAACAAUCCUACACAGACAAAACCAUUCUGUCAAUAUGUCUUUCAGCUUGCAAAAUAUGAUCAAAAUUAUGACAUCAGAGAUAGAGCUCGUUUUUUGCGACACUUUAUUUUCGAAAAUGAAGGCAACGUAAAGAAACUUGCGCAAUUUACUAAGAGAAUCUUUCUUGCACGAAAACCGGCGCCGACGUUGACAUCUAGAUUUAAAGAGACAGAAUAUCAAUUAGGUACAUUGUCUCAUUAUCUAGAUAUGCCAUGUGCGGGUUAUCGGCCAUUACCACCUUUUCCAGAAGUAACUCAAGAUCCAUCCGUACGAGAUGUUGCACUAUCAAUUACACAAGAUUAUAGAGAGGAACGAUAUAAUAGAAAAGAAAAGGAAAAGAAGAAAAAUAAAGAAAAGGAGAAGCCAUUCUACAGUGACGAAGAAAGCACUCCUACUGGAGUAUCAGACAAUCAGUUGUCUGAUUCUUCAUCUAGCGAAUCUUCAGAUGAAACUGAUGAUUCUUCAGAAUACAUGAGUGAGUCUGAUAAAUCUGAGACAGGUAGAAAAAAUUUGGAGAUAAAGUCUGAUGAUUCUGAAAGUGAAUCAUCGAAUUCCGAAGAAUCGGAUUCUGAAGAAGAAGAAAGCGAAACUCAAGAAAGCGAAGAGGAGAAGUCAAAAGUUGUUAAGCAAGAAGCAACAGAAAAAUCAAAAAGCAACUUGGAUCUGUUGUUAGAUCUAAAUGAUGUUGUUCCAAUAACUCCUGUGAUGACACCUAGUUUAGGUGGUUUUUUUACCCCUGGUAAUCAAACAAUCACGGAUAAUGUCCGAGAAGUUUCAACAUCAUAUGUUCCAUUAAAAAAGACUAUUUUAUUGAACAGUAUAGUAGGACAUGGUUUAAAAAUUGAAUACAGAUUUACGCGAUCGCAGCAUUUAGUUAGUUCGAAUUUGGUUAGUAUCGAAUUAACAUUUUCUAACGAGAGUAACUAUGCCAUUAAAGAAAUCCAGAUAGGAAAUGAGAUUUUGCAAAAGGAGAUGUUUAUUCUCAAUUUUCCACAAAUAACAGUGCUUGAUAUAAAUGCAAUAUUCUCUUCUACAUUAGGCGUUAAUUUUAACGAUUCUACACAAUCAGCAAAUUUUAAUAUUGAUUUUGUGAUUAACGACGAGAAAUAUUCAUGUCCGGUCAGUAUAAAACCACCAAUCGGAGAAAUAAUAAGAUCUGUGACUUUGCCCGAAGGUAUGUUUAAUGCAGAAAGAGCAAAAUUAAAAGGAAUGAACGAGCACUUAGCAAAAAUAUCAUAUUCUGGAAACAAAAACGCACUUUUACAAAAAGUGUUUGAAAUUGCAAACGUCGCAAGAAUAUCUACUGAGGAUGAAGUAAUGCGAAUGUUCGGACAUCGUCUCCAGACAAAAAUGUAAGGAAUGUGUGCAUGUUCGUAUAAGUUCUAACAGAUGGCAUACAAAUACGAGUGCGUUAAAACAAGAAA